UCCACAAGUCAAUAUGUAUUUUUAAUUCCAGCAUUCCAGAUUUGUWACAGACAGGCAAGAGCUACAGCUUCCAAGAACUAAYGAUGGAAAGUCUCUUCGGGAGUUUGGYUACAAKCUUGUUAAUCUGCAUAGCCUUCCCAAAUGCAAUUCACUCGCUAACCCAAGAUGACAUUGACAACAUUGCUUCGAAACUUCACAUACAAUACAAAGUGAUUGACAACCUGUCCUCAAAUACCACCUUCCAGUCUUCUAUAACAUUCACCAACAAGGGUGACGCGCCAGUAAAGAAGGGGGACUGGGCAAUAUAUUUGUGCAGUAUAAGACUGGUUUCAAAGACAGACUCCAUGAAAAAACAAACCAUACAUUUCGAACACAUAAAUGGCUGUGUUCACAAGUUGUACCCAACAAAAGAAUUCAAAGACUUGUCACCAGGAGGAAGCCUCAAGAUCAAAAUGACCGCGGCUCACUGGGAAGUAGCGAGAACUGACGUCAUGCCCAAUUGGUAUGUGACGUCACCAGGACUGACAGCUAAAACAAUUGAAAGCACUAAAGGAGAGAAUUUGGGUUUUGUUGAUCCCUUUGUUACUAAAGAACAGUGGAAACGGUUCACUUGGGAUAUGUAUGAUCCGUACACGGCUAGUGUCCGCUAUGAGAAGGUCGAGAUCGAUAGCACUGAAGAGAAGAGCUUUCCUGUUUUGAUCCCACAGCCGUUGAGUGUUAUAGGGCUGGCUCGGGAAAGUAGGAUCACAAUCGACAAGGAAUGGAAAGUUUACGCAGCUAAUGCCCUCAAAAAAGAAGCAGAAAUUUUGUCGAAUAAAUUCAAGGCGUCACUAGUAACAACACCACCUUCUAAACCGAGCAAAGUCAUUCGUAUUACACUCGGAGAUCCCGACGUUAAACCGAACGGCGUCGAAUCGWCAAGCGACGAAGCCUACAGUCUCGAGAUUGACGUUUCGGMGGAAAGGAUAAACCUGAUUGGACGAACCGUUGCCGGAGUGUUCUAUGGCGUCCAAUCUCUAUUGGCUCUCACAGACGACAAAAAUACUGUUCCAAAGGUAACCAUYAAAGACGCUCCGCGCUACGUUUACCGUGGAAUGCAUUUGGAUGUCGGCCGCAAUUUCAUGCCCAAGUCAGCGGUCUUACGUCUUCUUGACGUCAUGGCCAUGUACAAAUUGAACAAAUUYCACUUUCAUCUAACUGAUGAUGAAGGGUGGAGAUUGCAGAUACCGGGCCUUGACGAACUCACCACGGUUGGCUCAAAACGAUGUUACGAUCCAUCGGGCGACAAAUGCCUCCAGACUGACCUCGGCUCGGGUCCUGACGAACCAAGCAGCCCAGCAUUUUACACAGUGGGCGAAUACAAACAGAUUUUACAGUAUGCCAAUGACAGACACAUUGAGGUUAUUCCGGAGUUCGAUAUGCCCGGUCAUGGGUAUGCACCCAUUAAAGCCAUGGAAGCACGUGCAAGGAGGAUCAACAGAACAGGUCAGGCCGGAGCGGACAAGUACCUGUUAACAGAACCAGGUGAUCCGUCAAAGUACCUUUCGGUUCAACUGUUCAAAGACGACGCCAUUAACCCRUGCCUCGACUCCACGUACCAUUUUGUAGAUCACAUAGUAAAAGAGGUCGUGAGCAUGCACGACGGCACGCAACCGCUGUCCAUUUAUCACUUUGGAGGCGAUGAGGUGGCGCACGGGGCCUGGAAACAAUCUAAUGCUUGUAAGAUCCUGUCUCAAAAGCUCGGGCUCAMCUUUUYGGCCAGCGACAUCGUGGAUAAGUUGAAAGACCACUUUGUACAGCGUGUUGCCAAUAUAACGRCGAAGUAUAAUUUGUCCCUUGGUGGCUGGGAAGACGGUUUAAUGGGCAAAGGUAUCCCAUAUAACAGGMARUCUAUAUCCARYACUGAUGUCUAUGCUUAUGCAUGGAACAACAUCUGGGAGUGGGGUGGUGGAAAAAGGGCUUACCAGCUGGCUAAUGCUGGAUACAAGGUUGUGAUGACACAGGCGACCCAUCUUUAUUUCGAUCACCCGCAAGAACCUGACCCAGAAGAGCGUGGGUACUACUGGGCUACUCGCUUCACUGACACUAGAAAGACAUUUGGGUUUAUUCCGGAUGAUUUAUUUGCUAAUGUUGAAGAGACACUAAGCGGUAGCCCUCUUACAAGAAAAGAGCUGUGUGCGAAGGCAGGGAUGUGUGUUGAUUUAACACAAAAACAGAAUAUUGUUGGAAUGGCUGGGGCACUUUGGACAGAGACAGUGCGUACCGCUGAUCAAAUGGACAGCAUGAUUUAUCCAAGACUUCUGGCUCUUGCGGAACGUGCUUGGCACAAAGCAUCAUGGGAAGACCUGAAGGACGAAACCGAACGAAAUAAGAAAAGAACGGAAGAUUGGAAAAAUUUCGCUAACGCUUUGGGACAUCGUGAACUUGGACGACUGGAUAAAAUGAAGGUCAAAUACUAUGUACCACUCCCAGGGGCAAGUUUUGACAAUAAUAAGCUCAACGUGCGAACUUCAACCCCAGGACUCACAGUUCAAUACACGGAGGAUGRCGGGAAAAUAUGGCGUGACGUCACCAGUGAGACUAAAGUCGAGAAAGAUAUCAAACUUCAGACUUUGUAA